GCUCCGCCAGACUCUGCGUGGUGAUGGGGCUUCCUCUUCGCGCGGUGGGGUCGGCGGAAUGAGCCGGGGGUGGGGAGGAGAAAGGCGAGAGAGAGGAGAGAGACCGGGAGAGGGGAAAGAGUGAUGGGCGGCUGCUCAAGCCAAUCGGUCUCAGAGAAGCUUCCGUAGAGCGUCAGUACCAACCCAAUCAGCACCGAGAACGGAGGGAAGGUGGGGCAAUAAGAGAUUUCCGGCCGGGCCGGCAGCUGCAGAGGAGGAAGAGCGAGCUGUAUUCGCUGCUUCAGCCACGGUCCGCACCCCAGGCCCCAGAAUGACUUCAGGUGCUUUGUUUCCAAGCCUAGUCCCAGGCUCCCGGGGCUCAUCCAGCAAAUACUUGGUGGAGUUUCGGGCAGGAAAAAUGUCAUUGAAAGGAACUACAGUUACCCCAGAUAAACGGAAAGGGCUUGUAUACAUUCAGCAAACUGAUGAUUCCCUCAUCCAUUUCUGUUGGAAGGAUAGGACUUCUGGGAAUGUAGAAGAUGACUUAAUUAUUUUUCCUGAUGACUGUGAAUUUAAGCGAGUACCUCAGUGCACUACUGGCAGAGUAUAUGUACUGAAGUUCAAGGCAGGAUCAAAGCGGCUCUUCUUUUGGAUGCAGGAGCCUAAGACUGAAAAGGAUGAAGAACAUUGCAGGAAAGUAAAUGAAUAUUUGAAUAAUCCACCUAUGCCAGGAGCUUUGGGUGCAAGCGGAAGUGGAGGCCAUGAACUUUCAGCACUUGGAGGUGAAGGUGGUUUGCAGAGCCUUCUGGGUAACAUGAGUCAUAACCAGCUCAUGCAACUUAUUGGACCAACUGGCUUGGGAGGACUUGGUGGGCUUGGUGCACUGACAGGUCCUGGUCUGGCUAGCUUACUGGGGAGUGGAGGGCCUCCGACGAGCAGCUCUUCAUCAAGCUCCCGAAGCCAGUCAGCUUCUGUAACCCCAUCUUCCACUUCUUCUUCCGCUCGUGCUACACCAGCACCCAGUGCUCAAGCAAUUGCCUCUGCAACUAGUCCAAGCCCUGCACCGAGUUCAGGUAAUGGAACCAGCACAGCAACAAGCCCAACCCAGCCCAUUCAACUGAGUGACCUUCAGAACAUUUUAGCUACUAUGAAUGUGCCAUCUGGGGCAGGAGGCGGACAGCAAGUUGACUUGGCCAGUGUACUAACUCCAGAGAUCAUGGCUCCUAUUCUGGCCAAUGCUGAAGUCCAAGAGCGGUUGCUACCUUAUCUUCCCUCUGGAGAAUCUCUUCCACAGACUGCAGAAGAGAUUCAGAACACAUUGACCUCUCCUCAGUUUCAGCAGGCAUUGAGUAUGUUCAGUGCUGCCUUAGCCUCAGGACAGCUUGGCCCACUUAUGAGUCAGUUUGGUUUACCAACUGAAGCUGUAGAUGCAGCAAAUAAGGGUGAUGUCGAAGCAUUUGCCAAAGCCAUGCAAAACAAUGCCAAGUCAGACCAAAAGGAAGGAGAUGCAAAGGACAAGAAAGACGAAGAGGAAGAUAUGAGUUUAGAUUAAAUUAUUUGCUGUCUUUUAAGAUAUUGGAAAUUCUUAGUAAUUAAGUGACUGCAGUAGUGUCACUAGUUUAUUGCAUACAUUCAUGCCUACAUUCAGCCUACAAAAUAAAGGACUUUUCUUUUAUCUGCCAA